AAUGUCUCUUACACAAGCUAUUGCUUGAAAUGAUCCAAAGAGAAAACGUUUGCUCAGUGUUGGAGCCACUUGGCUUAUAGGCUUCUUAUGAGUAAUGUAGUGGCUUUAGUGAACUUCUUGACACGGCUUAGCUUCCCUUUCCACCCACACAGCCUUAUUUGAGGCCCUUAGUCAGUCGGCAAGCAUGUUUGGAACUGGCCCCGGUGCUUUGGGAGCGCUCGUGUUGCAGGGCAGUCACGGAUGGGCAUCUGUAGUUAUAAAUACUUGACCGCUCUCCAGGGUGCGGUGGUCAGCCCUUUACAGCAGCUUCGGUGCCUGCUAGCAAGCCGGCUUUGGCCUGGAGGGCAGGAACAGAUUGCCGUAGGACAUCGUUUGCUGAGAAAGAAGUAAAAUGGAACACAAUGGGUCUGCCUCCAAUGCUGACAAAAUCCACCAGAAUCGAUUGUCAAGUGUGACUGAAGACGAAGACCAAGAUGCUGCUCUUACGAUUGUGACCGUGCUGGACAAGGUGGCCACCGUCGUGGACCGUGUGCAGGCAAGCCAGAAGAGGAUAGAAGAGAGACACCGGGAAAUGGAAAACGCUAUAAAGUCUGUUCAGAUCGACCUGCUGAAGCUCUCCCAGGCACACAGCAACACGGGCUACAUUGUUAGCAAGCUCUUUGAGAAGACCCGGAAAGUCAGCGCCCACAUCAAAGACGUGAAGGCCCGAGUGGAGAAGCAGCAGGUUCAUGUAACCAAAGUUGAAAGCAAACAAGAAGAAAUAAUGAAGAAAAACAAGUUCCGUGUGGUGAUAUUCCAGGAGAAUGUCCGGUGCCCCUCAUCCCUGGCUGUGGUUAAAGACAGAAGCCUGCCUGAGAACCAGGAGGAGGACGAGGAAGUCUUUGAUCCCCCGAUAGAUCUCUCAUCAGAUGAAGAGUAUUCUGUAGAAGAAAGCAGAUCUGCCAGGCUUAGGAAGUCAGGCAAGGAGCGCAUUGAUCAUAUCAAGAAGGCAUUUUCCAAAGAAAACAUGCAAAAGACACGGCAGAAUUUUGACAAGAAAGUGAGUGGAAUUAGAACUAGAAUAGUCACGCCCGAGAGGAGAGAGAGGCUGCGGCAGUCAGGAGAGAGGCUCAGACAGUCAGGAGAGAGGCUCAGACAGUCGGGGGAGAGAUUUAAGAAAUCGAUUUCAAAUGCUGCCCCCUCCAAGGAGGCUUUUAAGAUGCGCAGCCUUAGGAAACCCAAGGAUCCCAAAGCUGAGAGCCAGGAGGGAGACAGAGGGAUGGGCGUGGACAUCAUCGCAGGUAGCCUGGCUCUGGGGCCCAUCCAUGAGUUCCAUCCUGAUGAGUUCAGUGAGACACAAAAGGAGGUGGACCCCCCGACUCCCGAGCCUCUGAAGGUGACUUUUAAACCUCAGGUGAGAGUAGGUGACGAUGAGUCCCUCCUGCUGGAUUUAAAGCCGUCCUCGUAGAGAGGCAUUAAGUAUGAGCGUCCAUCUCAGUCACAGUAGGGUAGUCUGCUAGUCACACACAGUAGAAAAGCAAAUGGCACAAAAGCUUCGUUUCUUUCAAAUCCUAAAGGUUAUAGAAAUGUUAUAUGCAACCUUCUUAUGGGAAUUCCAUUUCCCCUGAGAAUCUAUGACUCUGACAGCUUUUUUUUUUCCCUCGAGUGUCAUACCUUUUUAUGGCAGCUCUUGUCCAAUUAGAAUAUAGUUGCAUGGCUCAGAUCAGUUAGAUGCUUGGUCAUCCCAGGUCAGUUAGAUGCUUGGUCAUCUGUAACACAGGAGGGACAAAUCUGUGCCCGUCGUUCACCAGCAAACUAGAUUCGGGUCAGGAUUGACAAGUCCAGUCACAAAGGGGAGUAGCUAACGAGUGUAUUGCAUUAUCCAGAUGUUCCCAUUGGGAGAUUGAUUGGUGAAUCAGUAGCCACACCCCUUAUGAAGCUCUUGUGUGAGGGAAGAUAAUUAAGUUUUGAGCUUGAGCCUUUAGCUGUGUCAUCAUACUUCCCUGCUAGUAAAGGAAAUGGGGAGGGAUUGCUGGCCCCGCACUUCCUGGAGAACUUGAGAUCUGAGGGAUGUCAUUGAGUGUGGGGACAUCCAGUGGAGAAACACGAACCACGUGGUGCUUCUAAGCUGACUUAACAGCGGUGUCUAUGAAGAAGCCCUCAACGCCAGGCACUGAGGCCCGAGUUGAGCAGAAACUGAAGUUGUGCUUUGCAAGUCUUUUCAUGGCUUGAAGAGUGAACAGUAAAUUCUUGGAGGAGCAAUUUUUUAUUAACGGCCGACACCAACCUUGGAGUUGUGGCUGGGUCCUAACAUAUUCCUUAGAAAACUGUCUCUGAUUGUCAUCAGACGUGGGUUGGGGCGGACUGGUGCAGGUUUUGUGUGCACAGCAAUGAGCUGGAAGUCCGUCCUGAAGUGGCUUUUUUAAGGUCUGCCCUGAUGAGGGCAUAGAAGCGACCUCCAAUGCUCUUAGUUUGCAGAGUGAAUCUUCUAGGGCUGACGUGUCCAAAACAGUGCCCAUGGGCAUUUAUCACAGCUACUUUGCUGGACUUCAGAUUCCAGGUUCUAUGCGGUCUGCAAGUACAAAUUGCCACUGAAGGAAAACCACACCCAUUUUGCACUUCCCGCCCACUGAAGUCUUUGUGUCAUUUUUUGAUGUGGAAGCGACAGCAGAAUUUUUGAUAGAUUUCUUUCCUCACAUUCAACUUGGCUUUGAAUAAUCAUGUAGUAGUUAGAAAUAGGCAGGCAUGGGAGUGCAUGCCUGGUGCCCCAGGCUGAGACAAGAGGAUCAUAGUGCCCUAAGUACAUGGUCAUCUUGCUUUCUUUUUUUCAAGACCAGGCUGGCCUCGAACCCAGAGAUCUGCCUGCCUCUGCCUCCUGUGUACGUAUGCCUCCACCACCAGGCAUCUUGGUAUCUUUCUACAUUGCAAACUAAAGCAUGCACAGUGUUGAGUAAAACUCCGAAAGCAUCAUUCCAAAACAACGUUUUUGUAACUGCUUAGGAGGAGGUUGGGUUUCCAGCAGUAGAUGUGAGUGUGAAAUGGUGUUAUUUUGAGGCCAGGGUUGUGGCUGGAAAGCUUUUAACCAAUGGUGAAUGGAGACAGCGGUAUGCAAAUGAAGGAUGAAGUUGGAUAGUUUUUAACCAAUGGUGAAUGGAGACAGCGGUAUGCAAAUGAAGGAUGAAGUUGGAUAGUUUUUAACCAAUGGUGAAUGGAGACAGCGGUAUGCAAAUGAAGGAUGAAAUUGUAAAUGGAGGGUAGGAGGGAUAUGGGGAAGUUACGUUGUUGGUUCCCGUUUGUUUCAGUUGGGCUGAAAUACUUUUCUGCAGAUAUCUGGGGCUUUUGUGUCCUGACUCAGACCCAGAUGACAUCUUGGGAAGCUUUGGCUUGGGCUUGUGAGGCGCAGAGACCCUGAAUGGUUCAUGUCGCUGGGGGCUCAUGGUAAUCCUGUGCUUCAUUUUAAUUUUGCUACCAGGAUUUUCCCUCCAUGUCUCUAAUGUGUUCGUGUCUUUCCGUGUUUAGGACAUUCCUGAAUUCCACAUUCUUGAUUUCCUGUACCUUCACCCUGUUUUACUGGUGCAAAGACAGUGGGCUGCAGAGUCCACACACUCACUUAGUACAGGGGGUUUUCUAGUCCGUGUCCACUAUUGUGAACGCUUCCGGAAACACUAGGUUAUUUACUCAUCUGUGAUGCAGAGGCACAGAUAUCAGGCAUUAAAUAAUUUACUCAAGUCAAACCUUUAGCAGGACUUACCACCAUUCUCAUGAGAUACAGCAGAACAGCAGCCUCAGAUGCCAGGGUUGGGGAGCUGGUGUUGAAGCUCUUCCAGGGGUGACAGAGGGGGCAGUGCCAACCUGUCUCCUGCAUGUGAUGAUCCAGGUGUCCCAAGUGAGCAGUGGCUUGGCCCCUGCUUACAGGUUAGAGAAACACAUGAUGCUGAAUAUUAGCGUGAGUGGACUUGUUCCCCAAAAGCAAGUUCUCAUGAAUGAAGAACAGAAGCCAAAGUAAAAUACAACCAUUUUGACUUCAUUCUUUGCUUUUUGUACACAUUAAAGGGCUGCUUUUGAACAGA